ACUAAAAAGAAGAAGAUGACUGCUGAUAUAUUCCGCCGAAGAAAACCAGCCAACUCCAGCAGCACUACUGUCCAUCGGUACCACCAGCAGAAUCUCAGUAACAACAACCUUAUUCCAGCCCCGAAUUGGCAGGUUCCUUAUCCCACCAUUAGAGAGAGAAAUGCGGUGAUGUUCCAUAAUGAUUUGAUGGCAGAUGUACAUUUUGUGGUUGGGCCACCAGGUGGGACUCAGCGGUUGCCAGGACACAAAUAUGUUUUAGCUGUUGGGAGCUCCGUGUUCCAUGCAAUGUUUUAUGGAGAACUUGCCGAAGACAAAGCUGAGAUCUGUAUACCAGAUGUCGACCCUGCUGCUUUUCUCGCUAUGCUGAAAUACAUCUACUGUGAUGAAACGGACUUGGCUGCUGUCACAGUCUUGGCCACUCUUUAUGCUGCCAAAAAGUACAUCGUCCCUCACCUCGCCCGGGCCUGCGUCAAUCUCCUGGAGACCUGCCUGAGCGCCAAGAACGCCUGUGUCCUCCUGUCCCAGAGCUGCCUGUUUGAGGAGCCGGGCCUGACCCAGCGGUGCUGGGAGGUGAUUGACGCCCAGGCCGAGCUCGCUCUCAAGUCUGAGGGGUUCUGUGACAUUGACUUCCGGACACUAGAAAGUAUCCUCCGCAGGGAAACUCUGAAUGCCAAAGAAAUUGUGGUUUUCGAGGCAGCUCUCAGCUGGGCUGAAGUGGAAUGCCAGCGACAAGAUCUGGCUUUGAGCGCUGAAAACAAGUGCAAGGUCCUCGGGAAGGCGCUUUACUUGACCCGCAUCCCGACCAUGGCCCUGGACGAUUUUGCAAACAGUGCUGCGCAGUCCGGAGUCUUAACUCUGAACGAGACCAACGACAUCUUCCUCUGGUACACCGCGGCCAAGAAGCCCGAGCUCAAAGCCCGCAAGGGCCUCGUCCUCCAGCGCUGCCACCGUUUCCAGUUGUGCGCCUACCGGAGCAACCAGUGGCGCUACCGGGGCCGCUGCGACAGCAUCCAGUUCGCCGUCAACAAGAGGGUGUUCAUCGCGGGCUUCGGGCUGCACGGCUCCAGCUACGGCUCGGCCGAGUACAGCGCCAAGAUCGAACUCAAGCGGCAGGGCGUCAUCCUGGGGCAGAACUUGAGCAAGUACUUCUCAGACGGCUCCAGCAACACCUUCUCCGCGUGGUUUGAGUACCCGGUGCAGACUAAGCAGGACACCUUCUACACGGCCUGCGUGAUCCCGGAUGGUAAUGAGCUCAGCUACUUUGGACGGGAAGGCAUGACAGAAGUUCAGUGUGGCAAAGUCACCGUCAGCACCGGAGUGCAGGGGCGGGGGGGAGCAGAUCCCCGAAUUUAUAUUCUACGCUUGAGCCGCUUCCCGGAGCAGUGCGGGCUCUGA